CAAGCAAAGGGUCAACUUGCCACAAUGUUGAAAGGGCUGAUAUAUUUUGUUGCUCUGCUACACAGCUCUGUUAACAUCCACGAUGGCCCCAUUAGGAUAUACUUUUCAGGGGGAACAAAAGGAAUUGUUCUUAAUGGAUCAGAUAUUCCUGCCUGGGGCACCAUUUUAUGGGAAUGGACUCCUCACCUUCAACAAUUGACCACAAAGACAUUGGUCAGAAUGCAGGUCAAAGGCCUAGAAUGGGAAACUGAGCAGGAUUAUCGAGUUAUGCAAAAUAGUAAACCCAAAUUCCACCUGAGAAAUAACUCUCUUGAUCUUACUAUUGAAAAUGUGCUUGAAGCAGCUGGAUUAUUUACCUGUCGACAGAUGGAACCUGAGGAGAGAAUACUGAAACAGUAUGAAAUAUUUGCAAUCAAAGUUGACCGAGAUCCUCACUAUCCAUUUCUUGGCAGUGAUGUCUCACUCAGCUGUACCAUUUCCAGACUUGCUGAUACAGUCACUCUUCAAUUGAAAUCCAGAGCCCCUUCUCAGCAGAACAGGAUGAACAACACCAAUCAGAUCCAACUGAAUAACACCGUCUAUCUUAUAUUAAAAGAUAGUCAAGUAGAUGAUGCUGAACAAUAUGCAUGUGAAAUACAAGAUAAUGGAAGAAUUGUUCUUUCUGUUCCAAUUGAAUUGACCUUCAGCACCUCUGAUUUUGGUAGGCAGUAUACAAGUUAUUGGCCAAUCUUUGAAAAUAAUUCACUGAACCUAAACUGCAGAUGUAAGUUGAAGUACAAUGUGUCCAUGUGGAUUUUGGAAAUAUACAAUCAGAUAAGAAUCAAAAUCAUCUCUACUGAUAAUAAGGACAAGGGGAAUGCAAGCACCUCAAAGAUUCAGAAUCGAGUCAUCCUGAGACAUUUUGAUGGGAUGAGCUUUCCUCUACAGAUUUUUCCCUUACAGUUUGAAGAUGCGGGAACUUACACAUGUACCAUGGACACAAUGGAAGCAGUGAAAAUUAAACUGAUCACCAGCCAAGUGAAAGCUGUUCCCUCUUGCCCUCUGACUGUUGGAGACAAUGUUGAACUUAAGUGCUCUGUUUCUCAUGUCUGUAAUGCAACAAGGCUUGCUUGGAUGGAUAAUGACAGGAAAGUUCUUGUUAAAGAAAAACAUUUCAAUCUCUCGGGUGAAGCAAACAGCAGCCUGUCACUGCUUAUUCCAAAGAUUGGACAACAUAACAGAAGCUGGACCUGCCUUGUAUUUAAUGGGACCAUGCUAAAAUUUCAUAUCACCCACAAACUUGCAGUUAAUGAAAAAUAUCACUUUGCUUUUUUGAAUUAUAUUCUCAUUCUUGCCACCCUUGUGCUGCUUCCGUGCUUCAUUGUUGCUGUGAUUAGGUGCCUCAGGAUGAUCAAUGAACCAGCCAAUGAAUGUCAAAGUGAACAUGACUUUGGUCAUGCAAUUUCAAACUCUGAGUCAAUUGCAGAAGAAAUUCAUUAUGCUUCUGUCAUUUUUCAAAAGAUGAGACCAGGUCAUACCCUCAAUGAACAAUCUGAUGUCCAGCCUUCAGAAGAGGUUCGAGGAGCAUCAGAUGGAAAUGAGCCAUCCGUAAUCUAUAGCACCAUAGUUAAGUAGAACAUUCUAGUUCAUGUCUGCUUAACUGAAAGAGGACAAGAUGGAGGAGACAACCUUUUUUUGUCAAAAUGUAGCUGAUUAUCACAUAAGUUAUAUAUGUUUGGAUAUUAUCUUUUGAUUUCAGAGUGAUAGAAAAGAAGCACAGCUUUAUGAAAGGUACAGCAAUGUUGUCAUUUUUAAAUAAGUAUUUGGAGUGCUCUUUAAAUUUGUCACAGUGAUUGAGCUAAUGUGCUAUCAUGUUACACAGUAAAGUUCUCUGUGGUACAAAAUAAUAUAUAUAUACUUUCAACAUAACGCAUAAUGAAGAAAACAGCAGAGGGAAGGCAAAAUCUAGAAAAAUCUUUUAACUAAACUUGCUAGAUUUACUUAGGGUAAUGCUGUCGCAGUAGUCUGAAUCUCAGCACUUUGUCCGAACAUACUGACAAAAGCAUAUUCUGCACAUAUCUGGCAAAGGUCAUUGCUCACAUAUCUUAUGGACAGUCAGUUGAAUACAACAACAUUGACCAUAAAUGGAAUGCCUUGAAGUAUUGCUCUCCUCAUUUCCUGUCCACAAAUAAAACAUAUAAGCCUGUGGAAACCAUUCAUGUUGUACUUCACUUUCCCAUGCCAUAGUAACCUGAUCAACCCACUUUUCAUCCUGGUGCCCAAUAUGGGGCAAGGAUCAUCUGCAAAACCUACCAGCAGACAUGCAUUAGAUUGAGGAAUGGCAAACAAUAUCAAGCUCCUUGUGACAUACCCCAUCUGUCAAGCGUCUGGCUUUGAUCUACCAUUGCGAAAUUCGUCUGUGUUAAACAGAUUUAGGACAGGCCACAGCCCCUGUGUAGCCAAUCCCCAUGAGUGAACCUCAAUACUCAUCCCUUACGUGCUUGUUGAGAAAUUGAAACCGCACUGCUCAUUCCAGAGGAGCAUCUCCUCUACAGAAUUAGUGGUGGAUGAAUAAUCUUAACCGAAGAAAAUGAGGAGGCUGUCAACUUAACUUUGGAAAUGUGUAUUCAGCAAAUAAAUGAAUGACCCCUUCAAAGGCUAGGGUCUGUAAUUCACCACCUGCAAGUGUGGUGGUGGCAAGUUCAUUUAAGGCUCUCAUAUGAAGGGUUUUACUUAAGUAGAAGCAAUGUGCAGGGUUACAGGGAAAAGACAAGAGGUUGACACUAAUUCAAAAAAUUUAGAGUUGAUUAGAUUCCCUACAGUGUGGAAACAGGCCCUUCGGCCCAACAAGUCCACAUCGCCCCUUGAAGCAUCCCACCCAGACCCAUCCCCCUAUAACCCACACACCCCGAACACUGUGGGCAAUUUAGCAUGGCCAAUCCACCUAACCUGCACAUCUUUGGACUGUGGGAGGAAACCGGAGCACCCGGAGGAAACCCACGCAGACAAGGGGGGAAUGUGCAAACUCCACACAGGCAGUCGCCCAAGGCAUGAAUCGAACUCGGGUCCCUGGCGCUGUGAGGCUGCAGUGCUAACCACUGAGCCACCGUGCCACCCCGUUGCUGGAGACAAGAUGGACAGAAAGUCUCCUUCAUUUUGACAAUAUUAUGAUUCUGAUAGAUCAAAUAAACAGAAGCUGUUUCAAGCAGCAGAAGGGCCAUUCAUGUGCGGAUGCAGAUUUAAAGUGAGCGACUAAAAAAUAGAGAUGUCAGAGUACAGCAAGGUUGAUUUAGUUUACAAUGCACUGCCUGUAAGAUUGGUGGAAACAUACUGAGUCGCAACUUUCAGAAGAAAAUUAGUUGAAUACUUGAUACAGAAAUAUUUGUAGAAAUGUCCAUGCUCAGUACCAUGUGUCACCACUUGCUGCUAUUUACUAGACAGUCAAUGAGGUCAAGUCUUCUGGAGCCCUUACCUCUACAGCUUCCCAUGGCAUUGUGCUCCAACCCAUAGUGAUCUACUCCCAUCAUCUUCCCAAAAUCUACCAGCUGGACUGCUCUUAAAGACGUAUCUUUUCAACAUAUUCCUGCCCCCUCUGAACUUAUUUCUUAUCUUGAUUCAAUUUUCUCUUGGGAUUUCACAGUUUUCUGUAUCCACGUCCAAUUUUGUCGUCAUGGGCAUCCAAUCUCCUGACAUACUCAUCUCACAUCAGAAUGAUCUUUGGAUUUAGAUUCUUCCUCUAAGGGUUGUCCAUUCAUUACAAUUCUCUUUCACCUGAUUGAGAUUGUUCUUACUUGAAGCCACUCCUUCUUUAAUUCGCCCCAUUGUCUCCAAGUCAAAGGUGAUGUUAAGAAUACUCCCAUGGGUCCCAGCUAUAUCUGUUCCUUUGUGGGGUAUGUGAAACAUUCCUUCUUCUGGUCCUACCCAGGUUACCAACCACAACUCUUCCUUGGUACAUCAAUGACAUCAUCAAUUCUACUCCCUGCUCCCAUCAGGAAUUGGAAAAUUGCUGUCAGCAAUAAAACUGCUGUCAAUUUUCACUCUUUGCUCAUCUCCACCUGGUCAAUCUUUGACUCACCCCUUUCUUGACUACAUUAUUCCUUUUCUUGGCAUAGGAUGAUCACCAAUAUGCCCACAAGGCCGUUGACACCCUUGUGGUAUGUCACAAGGUUACCUUGACUACACCUCCUCUUUCCUGUUAGGGUCCCAUUCCAUUCUCCCAGUUUCUCCGCCUCCAUCAAAUCUCCUACCAUGGUGCCAUCUUCUUCUGGGAUUCCUCCAUCAUGACCUCCUUUUUCCACAACCAAGGUAUCCCCUUCUCAACCAUAGUUGAAAGGAUCCUCUGAAAUGUCCAGCCUAUUGCUUCCACUUCCUCCCUUACAACCUCCUCUUCCUUCCAGGAUAUUAUAGGGCUUGGUUUGUCGUCUCAAUCCACCUCACCAAUCCCCACAUUUGAAGUAACAUCCUUGACCAUUUUCACCACCUCUAGUGGGAAACCACCGCCUGUCCUCCUUUGUCAGUAUUCCCUCCAGAAUGCCCUAGCCUUUUUCUGUGUCACUCCUACCAUUUCCUUCCUUCACUGUUGCACCCUCGCAUGCAAUUUUAUAAGGUGUAACGCUCAUCUAUUUAGCUCUGCCCUCUUCACCGAUCGGGACCCAAACACACCUUCAAAAUGAUGCAGUGCUAUAUUUGAAAUUUCAAUCUAGUCCAUUUUAUUUACUGUUAUGAAUUUAUGGGCCUUUUUCUGGUUACUGUUAAAAUACUUAGAAAGAGGUUCUUUGAGGAGAAGCUCAAUGCAAUGUAUUACCUGGUUAAUAGAAAUUUACAUUUAAUAUUAAGGAAUUCCUUCUCAAUUUUUAACAAGCAUUUGACUGAGAGCUUAUUUUUAAUAGAGGACGAUGAGCAAGUAGCAGUUUGCAUUUAAAUAAUACCUUUGACAUUUAAAAGAUGUCAAGAUACUCCACAGCAAUGGUAUAAAAAGAAACCUGAUGACCAGAUGCUAAAGUUGUGCUUAGAAGGAUUGACUAAAAGCUUAGUCAAAGAGGUAGGUUUUAGGAAUUAUCUUAAAAGCGGAUAGAUGUAAAGAGUCAGAAAUAAUGAGAACUGCAGAUGCUGGAGAA